AUGGGCAACAUAUGCGGCAAAUCCUCCUCUGACGCCUUCGCCCAACCCGGCCGCACGCUCUCAUCUGCCCCUCCGCAAACCACAAACCCCACCGCGCCGGUACCGAAAUCGCGAACCGUAGGUGGACCGGCGAGGACGCUGGGAGAUGCGAAUUCGAAUGCCGGAGGUAGCGCGCAGGAGGAUGCGCGGAGGAAGGCUGCUGAGGCCGCUGAGGCAAGAGCGAAAAGUGCGGGUAAACCGAAAGGAAAGCUAGGAUCACAAUUACAGGAGCAGAAAAGACAGACGCAGACGGAUACGUUGAAGGAAACCAGUGAAGCUACGAGGAGGAUGAGAGAUGCGGAUUCGGCAGCCGAGACGAGAGCUUACAAUUGA